AUGACAGCUACUCAGAAACAGAACCUCUUCACGCCAGAACCUCACUACAUCCCUGGCUAUGCAGGCUUCUACCCACAGCUGCGCUACCAGGUGGGGAACACCUAUGGGCGCACCACGGCACAGCUGCUCACAGAUCCCAGCGUGCAGAAGAGCCCCUGCUCCGUGCUGUCCCCCAUGUCCAAGCCCAAGUUCAUCGAGGACUUCAGCGGGUCCAAGCCCCCCUGGAUUCCCUGCCGGGACCUGAGUGAGCCCUACAUCCCUCCCUACACCGGUCUGAAGCCCUACAAGAACUUUGAGAUUCUGGGCCAGCUCCCAACCCAGGAAGUGGACACCCAGGAGCCACCAGGGGUAGAGAACAUAUCCAGAGAAGUUGGGCUGCCUGCAGGCUUCAUGCCCUACCCCCCCUACCCACCGUGCCCACCAGGCAGGAAGGGGGACUCCAGGGACUUGGGACACCCAGGCCUGCGGCUGGCGUACGGGGAAGAGGCCUGGAAGAGCACCACCCCUGUCCAUGAGGCCCCUGGGCGGCACCAGCUGUACCACUGCAGGAGGAGUGAGUACCCGCCCAGGGCCCACCAGCAGCAGACACUAGACGUAGGCAGGUUCCAGCGGCUGCCCCAGCUGGAUCCCCCUAACCUGAUCCAACGGAAAGCCAUCUCAGGCUAUGCUGGCUUUGUCCCCCAGUUCACCUGGGUGAUGGGGGUGAAUUACCGUGAUGGGGUCAUACAAGCUAUGGACCAGUUCGACAAGAACCAGUUCCUGUUCAGAAAUCCCAUCUGUGCGCUGGGUGAGAGGCUGCCUAAGACUCACUGGCCCAGCAACACCGUCUACAGAAGCCAGGGCCUGAUACCUUUCUACAUGGGGUUUGUACCAUCCAUGCGGGACAACUACGCAAUGACGUUCGGCAACAGCACGCGGAGGGCCUAUCAGAAGGAACUGCAGAGGCAAAACCACACACUAUGA